CAUCGUCGUUGCACAACUACUUUACUCACACCGGCAACUGAUACAACGCCAAUCUGCGGCAGCACGCACACACACCCUCGCCACCAGACCCCGCGCCGCCCACCGUCCCGCGCCGCCCGCCCCUUCCUUCCCUCCCUCCACCUCGACAACGGGUUCGUGCUCGCGACUAGACGUCACACCAUUCCCCUCCAUCGCCAUCACACCCUCCUUCCACUCACUCUCGCCGAUUCCGACGUCCCCCGCAUCACGCCAAACGGCAUCACACGUCCAGCAUGUCGCAAUCAUCGCGCAUGGUCUUCAAGAUAACCGUCCUCGGAGACGGAGGCGUCGGCAAGACUGCCUUGACGGUACAGUUUACAAUGUCUUCAUUCGUCGAGACGUACGACCCCACAAUCGAAGACUGCUACCGCAAGCAGUGGGUGGUGGACGACCAGCCCUGUCUUCUCGAGGUCCUCGAUACGGCCGGACAAGAGGAGUACACGGCGUUGAGAGAUCAGUGGAUUCGCGACGGCGAAGGCUUCCUCGUCGUCUACUCUGUUACGGCAAAGUCAACAUGGUCCCGGGUAGAGAAGAUUGUCGACCGCGUCAUGCUCGUCAAGAAUGAGAACUCGCACGCGGCUACCGACUCGCCAGGCUUCGCACCAGGCCAGCGGAGAACAGCAGCGUCCCGUAGCAAGAUUCCGAUUGUUAUCGUCGGCAACAAGCGCGACAUGACCAACAACCGCGAAGUGACACCAGAGGAAGGACGAGCCUUGGCACAGUCGCUGGCGUGCGACUUUUACGAGACGAGCGCACGGCUGAACCAAAACGUCGAAGCCGCGUUCAAGAGUCUAGUGCGCCAGAUCAAGAUUGCAAAGGCGGGCGGCGAACUUCCCAACGAGAAGUCUGGAUCACAACCAAACGAGAAGAAGAAGAAGCACAAGAAGUGUGUCAUCUUGUAGGCGGCUGGUCCAGGCGUUUGCACUGGCGGCGGCGGUGCGGCGGUGACGGACGGCCGACCACGCUCGCCGCCGCUUUCACGACGGCUCGUUUACGACUUGCACCUACCUCACGACUUAUUCUCGGGCUUAUACCGGGCGCGCGCGCGUCGGCGCGACGAUUUGUGUGAUUGAGACAGACUCUAUUAUUUUACUCUGGGAUACAGGCAUAGUGGAUGCAUCGGGCGGGGGUGUGGCGGGAGCCGCGCUGUCGUCUGGGUGUGAUAUGAG